GUGCGCAUGCGCACAAACCCUGACGCUGCACAUUCGAUGCGUAGCCGCCUUCGCGUCAGUCCAGUCUGGCUGUUUCGUGGAGAUUUACGUUAACUGAGAGUGAAAUACGGAAAAAACCGAGAGAUAAGGAAGAAUUUCCAGUGGAUAUCUUCCUCGUUAAAGAUGUCGACCUCAGCGGUGUACAUUCUGGACGUCAAGGGAAAAGUCCUGAUAUCCAGAAACUACCGAGGUGACAUCGAAACUGGUGUAAUAGAGAAGUUCAUGCCCCUCGUGAUGGAACGCGAGGAGGAGGGCAACUUGACACCAAUAAUACAAAUACCAGAGUGCACUUACGCAUACAUAAAAUAUAACAAUCUUUACAUUGUGUCAACAACGAAGAAGAAUGCCAAUAUAUCUCUGGUAUUUGUAUUUCUCCACAAAGUUGUUCAGGUAAUGCAGGAGUACUUCAAGGAGCUUGAGGAAGAGAGUAUACGGGAUAAUUUUGUCGUUAUUUAUGAACUCUUGGACGAAUUGCUGGACUUUGGUUAUCCCCAGACAACAGACAGUAAAAUUCUGCAGGAGUACAUAACCCAAGAGGGUCACAAGCUAGAAAUACAGCCGAGAAUACCGAUGGCAGUGACAAAUGCCGUGUCCUGGAGGUCUGAGGGCAUAAAAUAUCGAAAGAACGAAGUUUUUCUCGAUGUCAUAGAGUCAGUUAAUCUGCUCGCGAAUGCCAAUGGUAACGUUCUCUCCUCGGAAAUUGUUGGGGCCAUCAAAAUGCGGGUCUAUCUCUCAGGGAUGCCUGAGCUGCGAUUGGGCCUGAAUGACAAGGUGUUGUUCGAGUCAACUGGCCGGGGUAAAUCGAAAUCCGUUGAACUUGAGGACGUAAAAUUUCAUCAGUGUGUCAGACUAUCGAGAUUCGAGAAUGAUCGUACGAUAUCUUUCAUACCACCUGAUGGUGAAUUUGAAUUAAUGUCGUAUCGAUUGAAUACACAUGUCAAGCCCCUCAUAUGGAUUGAAUCUGUCAUUGAACGUCAUGCACACAGUCGUGUUGAGUACAUGAUCAAAGCUAGAUCGCAGUUCAAGAGACGAUCAACAGCUAAUAACGUUGAAAUUGUUAUUCCUGUACCGAAUGACGCUGAUUCACCAAAGUUUAAGACAACUAUUGGCAGUGUUAGGUAUUCCCCCGAGCAGAGUGCCAUCACUUGGUCUAUUAAAUCAUUUCCAGGGGGCAAAGAGUAUCUCAUGAGAGCUCACUUUGGUUUACCUUCGGUUGUUGGGGAGGAUGUGGAGGGAAAACCGCCUAUUCAAGUCAAAUUUGAGAUACCCUAUUUUACAACUUCGGGAAUUCAAGUCAGGUAUUUGAAGAUUAUUGAGAAGAGCGGGUAUCAGGCCCUGCCAUGGGUGAGAUACAUCACCCAAAAUGGGGACUAUCAGUUGAGGACUAAUUAGUUGAAAUUAUGGAGAAUUUUGUUUUCGAGUGCCAGGGGAGAAUUGAAAUUUGUAAUUUAAUGCUGAUGUAUUUUACUGGUUCGUGGUAUUAAAUUUUGUUUUAGAAUUAUGUAUGAAGUUUGUUUUAUCAUUGAAAAUGUCAAUUUAUCGAGGAAAAUAUGAGGAUUGCAUGUCAUCGAAUUGUGCUAUUGAUGAAAUAAUUUCAUGAAUGAAAGAUACAUGUGAUGGGAAUAAAAUGUCUUCAGGAAAAUCAAUGUACAAGAUUUUUAUAACAUUCCUUCGGAAGUUCAUAAAUUGAUUAAAAUUUAUCAUCGACUGAGAUUGCCAGGAGGAAUUAUUUAGUCCACUGUUGCUGAGUGGUGGUUUUUUCAAUUAAAUUUUAACCCAAGUUUUACGUUGUUAAUAAUUUUACCCAUUUCACGAAGCACCACUUUGCAACAGCGCGGACGCUCUUCUGUAGUGAUACUAAUUUGAUUAUUGAUAACUAGACCAACGCCUGAGUACUUAAAACGCAAUUGCAGUUGGAUGAUGAGUCGGAUGGGCUAACGCGCGUAUAAUUAUGUAGCUCGAUUCAUUUGGUAGGUUGGAAUAGCAAUUGAAGAAAUGUAACCACUAUGUAAAUUACUACAGGAAUAUACUGAUUCAUUUUUGAAUAAACCAAUUGAGGUGAAA